CACAAGCAAAUUCUUGUGUUCUUUCCAUCUCAAUGCAAAUUAAACCUAAAAACCAGCAAGAUUUAGGGUUUCUAUCCAUUGAAUCUUCUAUUUCCAUGACCUAAUUAGGUCCAAAUGCUCUUCAAUUUCAUGCAUUCUCUCUAGGUUUACUUAGUUCCCUUUCCCUCUAACCAUGCUAGCUUUCUCGAACCCUAACUGUACCCUAAUCUGCAAAACUCAAGUGUUUCAUUGCUUCCAUUCAUGGAAACAAUCUCGAUUUACAAAUUCCACAAAUUUAAACCUUCUAAAACCCAUAAUUUUACGGUUGGUAUGCGCAGUUGGGGACCUAGGGCAGAUGCAGAAGGUUGAAGAUGAGAGAUCGAAGAUUAGGUGGGUUGAAAUCAAACCUGAUGAAAUUAAUGAUGCGCAACGAAAUCAUAUAUCUCGAUUGCCGAAAAAGAUGACGAAUCGGUGCAGGGCCUUGAUGAAACAAUUGAUUUGCUUUUCACCUGAAAAAACUAAUCUGUCGAUGGUGUUGGCUGCGUGGGUGAGGAGCAUGAAACCUGUUCGAGCUGAUUGGCUUGUUGUUCUCAAAGAAUUGGGAAACAUGAAUCAUCCAUUGCGAUUCGAGGUAGCGGAAUUUGCGCUUCUUGAAGAAUCGUUCGAACCUAAUAUCCGCGACUAUACAAAGAUGAUUCACGGUUACGCCAAGGAAAGUCGAUUACAAGAUGCCGAAAACGCGCUACAAGCCAUGAAGAAUCGAAGCUUUGAAUGCGAUCAGGUGACUUUAACCGCUUUAAUUCACAUGUACAGUAAAGCUGGCAACUUUAAUCUCGCAAAAGACACAUUCGAACAAAUGAAACUCCUCGGCCCCCCUUUAGAUAACCGAGCUUAUGGGUCCAUGGUUAUGGCAUUCAUCCGAGCCGGAAUGUUAGAAGAUGCCGAGAUUUUGCUAACGGAAAUGGAAGCUUUACAAGUUUAUGCGAAAAGCGAAGUUUACAAGGCAAUGUUACGAGCAUACUCCAUGAAUGGUGAUAGUGUAGGAGCUCAACGAAUCUUUGAUUCAAUUCAAAUCGCGGGUAUUAUUCCUGAUGAUAAGAUUUGUACGGUCCUGAUUAACGCGUAUGUAGGUGCAGGUAAAAGUCGAGAAGCUCGAGUUGCAUAUGAGAACAUGAGAAGAGCGGGUAUUUUGCCGAACGACAAGUGUGUGGGUUUGAUGUUGGACGUUUAUCAGAAGGAGAAUAAGCUUAAGGAAGUUUUGGACUUUUUGAUGGAUUUGGAGAGGGAAGGGAUAAUGAUCGGUAAAGAAGGUUCGGAGAAAUUGGCGCGUUGGUUUCGGGAUUUGGGAGUGGUGGAAGAAGUCGAGCUUGUUCUGAGAGAUUACGCUUCAACGGAAACAUAAUUCUUUAUCUCAAGAUAGAUGCAAUAUUUCCUUCACGAGUCUGAUUGAAAAUGAAAUCAUGGUUGCAGAUUGGUGUCGUAAUUGAUCGUGUGCCAUAUCCAACCGUAUCCGUCAUUUUCCUGAUUUCUCCGGUUGUUGUACCCUGCUUAGCUCCCUUACUUUGGUAGACCAUGUUUGACAGACAUAAGCUAGCUUAUUUUUU